UGACUUAUUCAACCUUCAGAGCUGGAUCUUUCUCUGGUAGGUUCUCGGUGAAGACCACUGCCAUACUGGUGACUGUGACCUGCCUGACCAUCACAGCACCAUGUCCACCCGGUCGACAUCCCCAGAAAAGUGGGCCUUGUGUGUCGUGCGCUGCUGCCUUCACCUGCCACAGCUCUUCUCCACCUGCGUAGCUUUCUCCCUGGUGACUGACAUGGGCAUUGGAAAGGGGGCCAUAGGUAACUGGUCCCUGUGCCUCUGGGGCUUCUGUUUCACUGUGACCCUCAUCACCUCCAUCACUGAGUUAUGUAAGGUCCAGUCCUGCUUUCCUUUCUUUUGGAACAACUUCCCCGUCACCUAUGCCUGCUACGCAGCCCUCGUCUGCCUCUCGGUUUCCAUCAUCUACUCCGUCACUUACAUCCAGUUCUUGCCUUAUGGUCCUCACCGGGACCGGGCCAUCGCCGCCACUGCAUUCUCUUGCAUCGCAUCUGUGCUGUAUGCCACGGAAGUGGCCUGCACGUGGAAUGGCUACAAGAUCAUGAAUACCACCUGCUAUGUGCUCACUAUGCCAGGCCUGCUGAAGGUGCUGGAGACCUUCAUGGCUGGUGUCAUCUUCGCCUUUCUCAGCAACACCUCUCUGUACCUGCACCAGCCGGCCCUGGAGUGGUGCGUGGCCGUGUACUCCAUCUGCUUCAUCCUGGCAGCAGUGACCACCCUGUUGAACCUGGUUGAAUGGGAACACAGGCUGCCUGUCGAGGCUGUGAUCACGAUGCUCUCUGUCCUCCUCUACAUCAGCGCUCUGGUCCUCUGGCCUCUCUACCAGUUCAACGAGGAGUUCGGCGGGCAGCCCCAGAGGUCCAGUGAUUGGGACUGCAGGGACGAGCUCACCUAUGACAUGUGCACCUGGGACCAGCGAUUGGCUGUGGCCAUCCUGACAGCCAUCAACCUGCUGGCUUACGUGGCCGACCUGGGGUACUGGGCCCGCCAGGUCUCUGUAGGGACUGAGGACCAGUCCAGGGACUCCUGAUCCUCUCCUCACAGGAGGUAUCCUCACUGAGCUCUGGUGUUCUCUGAUGCCCUCUUCCUGGCUCUCUCUCUCUCUUCACAUCCUUCCCCACUCAUCUCUCUCUCUUUUCUCUUUCCUUGUCUCCUUCUACUCUGUCUCCUUCCUGUUUUGUUUGGCAGCCACACUGUUUCACCUCUUUCUCUUGCUGCUCUCAUCUAUUCUACAUUUUGUGGGUUUUUUUUAAACUCUUUUCUGGGUGUCUGUUUUUUCUUCUCCUGUGUCCUGACCACCUCUCCCCAUCUUCCUUCUUCCAUCAGGACCUGAGACUCCUUCCUUCUCUGCCCACCGCCCCCUCCCACCUCCUAAGGUGCUGACUCCACAGUUCUCAGCCCUCUGUGCAGCUGUUCACACCCUGGGCCUCUGGAGGGGCCUCGUUGCCAAAG